CUGAAUCUUGUCUGUUAACUGUUACAAGGACAGGUGCUGCUAUGAUCUUUGUUCAGCUCUGGAACGUUCUCUUUAUAUAAAAAGUCAAUCGUCACAUCUCACUUUCACCAUAAUUCUCCAACAGCGUAGAUCAUAGGACGGGCCUGGAAGGCGUAGGAUGCAAAGUAAAGUCCCUAAGGACUCAUUUCACGGAUGGCUGGUUGUUGUAGCGUGUUCAAUAGCAUUCUUUAUGUUUGUUGGAAAUUCAAGUUGCUUUGGACUGUUGGAGAUCGAAAUUAGGCAGCUGUUUUACGGACAGGCAUCUUCUAUUUCAGCUAUCAAUGCGCUCUAUAAUGGCCUCGGUUUUGGACUUGCCCCAGUCGUGGCAGCUUUCACUAAGGUUGUCUCCUGUCGCCUGCUGUGCGCGUGUGGUUCCUUCUUUUGUUUCAUAGGGUUUUUAGUAGCUGCCAAUGCACAGACACUCCCGGUCAUCAUAUUUUGCAUUGGGGUACUACCAGGAAUUGGUUUCAGUUGCAUAACGGUACCCUCCACCAUAAUGGUUGGCGAAUAUUUCGAGAAGAGGCGACCAGUGGCAUUGAUUCUUAGCGUUUUGGGAGGAGGUGUGGGUAUCGUAGUAUCUCCGUACAUUUUUACACAUCUCAACCAGACAUACGGAUUAAGGGGGACAUUUUUAAUAUUGUCUGCCGUGUCCCUCAAUGGAAUAAUGUUUUCUUUUUUAUAUAACAUCAAUCUCGCCAAGAGCAAACAAAGUAGACUAAACGUUCUGAGGGAAGUUUGCCUUACAGUUUUUGACAGAGAGCUCAUGAGGACCACGAAUUUCCCGGCAGUGACCCUGUCUUUCCUAUUAUUGUACAUUGUGUAUGCUAUCCCGUUUCUGUUCCUCCCAAAAAAGGCUUUUCAGUUAGGAUUCUCCGAAGACAUGACAUCGCUUUUAUUGUCCAUCAUUGGAAUUUCCAACUUUAUUUCCCGCCUUCUGAUGGCGAUAGCCGCCAGUAGAUCACCAUUUUGUCGUCAGGUUUUAUUGUCCUCGUCUUUUGUGAUAAACUCUGUUUCACUUCUAAUAUUUGCCAUUUUUUCUGACUUUUUAUUUCUGGCUAUUGGUGCCUCCUUCUCUGGUUUUUCAGCUGGGAUUUUUAUUAGUGUGACACCUGCAGUGUUCCUGGACCUCUUCGGAUACGAUAAGCUUGCCAGCAGUAUCGGCUCGCACUUUCUCGUUGUUGGGUUGGGGUAUGUGAUAGGUGGACCACUGAUGCAAUCAUUGUCACUGGUACUGUCAGACAUUAACACUGUUUUUUAUGUGUCUGCUGGCUGCUCCUCUUUAAGCACGCUGAUGCUGAUGUCGGUAACGUGUGAUAGAUAUCUCCCGCGGAGGCAGACGAGUUGUUGCACGCGACACAGAACAUCCGACCAAUCACAGAAGGCGUUAUCUGGAGAUGUUAAUAAGGUGUUCACAAUAAGUACACCAGAAUGCCAGACAGGUUCAGCUAUUAUAUACUCCGACAAACUGUAAUGGAAAUUAUUAUUGACCAUUAUAUACACAUAUGCAUCUUUGAUAUACAUGUAUGUAACUACAAGCGCAGUUUGAUUGAUUCUGUGUAUCUUACUUGCAUGUAAAAUAAUGUCAGAUAUUGUUUAAAUAAAUAUAUUUUAAAAAAAAGA